CACAAUCUCUAAACCUCAAACCCUAAAAACAAAUAACUAACGUAAAGAAGGAGCUAGAGAGAGAAGAAUAUGGGUCGCCAAAACGCUGUCGUAGUCUUUGGCCUCGUGUUCUUGGCCGUCCUCGGCCUCGCCGCAGCUGCCUCCUCUCCAUCUCCUUCAGCGUCGCCAUCCAAAGCACCGGCUGCCUCCAAAACCGAUCAGGUCGAAGCUCCAGUCACCAACGACCAAAUCGGAACCACCGACGACGGUUCAGCUGCUUCUCCUGGUGAUGGUGACGUGGCAGUGGCCGGUCCUUUAGGAAGUGACUCCUCUUACGGUAACAAUGGACCCUCAGGGCCAGAGCAAAUGCCCGAAGAUAUGGGCAACGGAGCGGCCGCUCUUGGUGUUUCUGCCGUUGUCGUUGGUGUUACAUCCAUCGCCGGUUCUUUCUUGUUUUUCUGAGGUGUUUAUUUAAUUUAUUAUGAGAAUGUUCUUUUGAAAGAAGAAUAAUUUAUAUGUAUGGAUGAUUGUGAUGACCAUCUUGUUGUAUCUUGUUUCUCAAUUGUUGCGAGAAACGUUGUAUUCGUAAUAAAACUGAAAAAUAAAAACGAAAGUUUCUAUUAGCAAAAUGA